AUGCCUCCUCGGACACCCCUCACGAUUGCAACCCUAGCGGUGAAUCGCCUAGUAAAGGAAGAAGCCUCAUAUCACCGGGAACUGAAGGAGCAGGGAGAGCGAAUCAAAAGGCUUGAGGCUCAGAAGCCGACUGAAGAUGAGGACGGGAAUCGGGAAUAUAUUCUUAAACAAGAGCGUCAAGCUCUAGAAGAGACGAAAAGAGUUCUGCCGAAGAUGAAGGAUAAUAUAUCCGAUGCUGUUGAUAAGCUUAAUGAUUUGCUGGUUGAAGAAGGAAAGAAAGGAAUGGAAAGUAAUAUGAGCGACAUCGAUGCGGCGAAGGAGGCUAUUGCGCAGGCUAAGGCGGCCAUAAGGGAGAUAUCAUGA